GUAGGGCGGUGGCCGGUGAAUGAAUGAUCAAAGCGUUUUUAAAGGUUUGGUGGGCGGUGCGCGGUCUGUAUUUACACUGGGGCCGCUCCGCCCUGCGAACGCGAGAUAGAAAACUGUCUGUGGGCCGGAGCAGAGGGAUGAAACAAGUGGAAGGAGAUGUAGCCGACAGGCACACAUUAAUUACUCUAACGCACGCACUACACCUCGUCGGCUCCACUCCUUUCUCGGUACGCUGUAGCAUCCUCCUCUUUGCAUAAUAACACACGGCAAGCGAUCGUUUUUGCGGCGCUGCGUCGGAGCUUCAUGGCCGCAACACUCACGAUGAGCGGCGGCGUGCAGGAGGAUCCCUUCUACCCGCUGCAGAAGGCGACUCUGCCCGCUGGGUUCCCCUUGGAGGACUCGGCGUUGUUCGGCUUGGAUUGCAAGAUCACCGAAGCAGACAAGGCUGGACAAAAUGAUUACGCACAGGCAAAGUGUGAGAUGGACAGGUAUCUCUCCCCUCAGCCUCUUCCACUUCCAAACCCUGCAGACAACCAGCAGAAGUCACUCAGAGACAGCUCGUCAGCAGUGGAUCAGUUCUUCACUGACGCUGGGGCUCCCUAUACUCUCAACAUGAAUCUUUAUCUCCCUGACGUCGGCUACCUGAGGAUGGGCUUGUGCCAGCAGGUGCGGUCCCCUCAACACCAGAACCACCCGAGUCUCACUCACAUUAAAACAGAAUCUCCCUCCUCGUGUUUUUCCUCUAACCUGCAGCCCCACUGCCCCGGCACUACGCCCACAAGUAGCUGCAGCACAUCCGGCCACGGCCCUGGCAGUAUGGCCAUGGAAAACUCCGCCACAAACAUGACAUUAACUGGGUUACCAGAAUUCACCAGUGUUUUCAAUCAGCUGGGAGGCAGCCGCGGUGGUGAUUCACUGCCAGAAGUGUAUGUCAAACAGGAAAUGUCACCACAGUUUGAGCAGCACGCUCUCCACCACCACCAUGACAACAGCGGCUCGCUGUUUCAGCUCCUAAACUCUGGCUUGGAUCAUCGCCAUGGCAAUGGCAUGGAGGCUCAGCAUCAUCAUCAUCAGCAGCAGCAGCAACCGAUCCAACACGCUACCACGAUGCACACACCUUUUCAUGAUUUGCCAGUAGCUACUUCUGCUUCUCAACAAGAGCAAACUGUCAAGCCUGCCUACCGCUGUCUAGGUGGUGGGGUAUACACACAUCCUCAUUCUCAGGCACAUCCCCAAUUCCUCCAGCAGCAGGUGCCCUACCUGCCACCCUCUCCGCCAAACUCAGAGCCCGGCAGCCCUGACAGGCAGAAGGAGCUGCUCCACAACAUGUCACCUCCUCCGUCAUACGCUGCCACCAUUGCCUCCAAGCUUGCAGGUGGCACACCCGGACUUGGACCUGGCCCGGGACCAGGUGGCUUGGCUCUCCCCCUCACUACAGGCCCCACACCAGUCCCAGGCCCAGCCACAGUCCUUCCUCAAGCCCACGCGACAACACCAACCCCAAAUCCAGCACAGAACGCGGUGGCUGUCCGCUACAACCGAAGGAACAACCCCGACUUAGAGAAACGACGGAUCCACCACUGUGAUUACCCAGGCUGCAAGAAGGUCUACACCAAGUCGUCCCAUUUGAAAGCACACCUCAGGACUCACACUGGUGAGAAGCCAUACAGGUGUACGUGGGACAGCUGCGACUGGCGUUUUGCUCGUUCGGAUGAGCUGACACGUCACUACAGGAAACACACGGGCGCCAAACCCUUCCAGUGUGGCGUCUGCUCACGCUCCUUCUCCCGAUCGGAUCACCUUGCCCUGCACAUGAAGAGACACCAGAACUAGCAACGUUUUGCACACAUGCUCAAACAUACAAGCACUAUCUUGACAAAACAUAAAGCACUCACUCCGUGUCCCGCAGCUACACGAGCUGCCUGAUGCAGAGUGACUUUCAGUGACAUCAAAGCUCUUCCUGGUGCUGCUGUCGUGGGCUAAAACACUUCGAUAGCCUAACAAACAUGUUGCUCUUAACGCCAAGUGGAACAAUUUGGAGGUUUUAAAGUAGGAAGACGGUGGCCAGAUGAUCUUCUGGUCCCUUAACCACCAGAUACACAUAUUAUAGAUGUGUUUGGGCAAAUGAAAAGAUGAAAAAUACUAAAAUAGUGAAUGGCAGUCCGUGUGGACUCUUGGGUGUGACUGGAAUGAAUUAAAACAGCAUCUUUUUUGUCUUUAUUGUAACAUAGAACUGGCUUAAUUUUCUUUUAUAAAAGAGAAGCUUUUGUUUGCAAAACUAGUCAAGCCAAAUCUUUGUUUACUCAUUGAUCUGUUAGUUUCUCUCUAGAACUGGAAUGUCCAGGUUUUUAUUCUUUACCAAAUCCUUAGAUUUGCACUAGAAUUGGUAAUCUAAGCCUCAGCCUUUUUGGCCCAAGUAUCUCAUUCACCACUGGAACGAUCAUUAUCACUACUGGACUACAUCUCUGUGUGCACCACACAAAUCAUUGCUGUUCAGAUAUUAAAAAUUGAAGGCAUUUAUACUCUGGAGAGAGGGAAGAGAGAGCAGGGAAAAAGUGAGAGUGUGGGGGUGGAGAUGAAGAUGGAGAGAAAGACCGAGAGGGAGAAAUUUUUGAUUUUAGAGAGAGGAGAUUGGAAGACGAUUGAGAAACAGAGGGAGGUGGAUGGAUGCUAAAGAGCAGCAAUUAGAUGAUGAAUUAUUCAGGUUGUCUUUUGAUGGAUUUCCAACAAGAGAAAUGUAAGCAGAACCCAUAGACGUGUUCUAGGACUCAUUCAGUUAAUACAGAAUCGACAGUAUUUGAUGCACAAACUUGAAUGUGCACUGAAGUGUCUUCAAAAUGCAGCAUGCUAUUAGUGUAGAUCAGUCUCACCCAGCGUUUUACUUCUGUUAAUUGUUUUAACCAAAGCAUCAUGUUCAACACAUCGUCAACACCUUAUUAAGUGCCUCUUUCUCUCAUUUAUGUGUUUUUGUUCUCUAGUAGCAGAGCUGUGAUGAGUGUAGUCAAUCGUUUUAAAAACCUGGUGCUUUUUAAGAAAAGAAAAGGAUAAUCUAAAUCUGUUAAAUCUCUAGGUUUAGCUUUGAAAAGGUAAAUCUCUUGAAUUAUAAGGUAGCCACCCUUGUGGUAGUGUAACAGCACAGCUCUGGCCACUUCACGGACAUCCUGGGAUGCUCUGGCUCUACAGAGCUAUCUUGGCUCUAACUACUCAUGGACACGUUUUGUUAAAGGACGGGUUCACUUUGUUUUUUGUUUUUUAAAAUUUAUUAUUAACUUGUUGAAACUUUGGUUCAGCUUCUAAAGUUGAAGUUUAGUUUUUUUCCCCCACAGAAUAUUGAAUUUGCCCAAUUGCUUGCAUUGAAAUCGCUCCUCAAAGGGAUCUCGUCAAUCACCAACUCUUUUAAUGUACAUAUGGAUAUGGAGUAUUGUUUAAAACAAAAAAAACAACAAAAAAGUGUGAACCUAUCCUUUAAUGUACGCCUGAAUGUCCAUUUGAUGGGGAGAUUUAGCCUGCACUUAUAACUGUAUUUGUUCAUUCACUGCAGGUAGCAUAUCGAUAAUAUAGCACUGUAAUGUAUAAUGGUAAAUCUGACUAUUUAUUUGAUUGUGUAGAAGCAGGGGUUGUAUCUGAUCAACCGUCUUUUUUCCCCAGCAAAAAUGCCUUAAUGUAAAUAUAUGCACUGUAAAUACAUUUUUUUUUUUGUUUGUUCGUUUUCCUCUUUUGUUAUUUUUUGUAAACAACAGGGCAAACAGAGGAAAAAUGCCCCGCAUCCAAAAAUAUUUGAGCCUUUUUUUCUUUGUUUUUUUUCUUGUCAAACCUAUUUUGAUGCCAUUGUUUUAUAUAUUGUCCUUCCAGCAACUUAUUUUAUAGAUCCUUUUUUUUUCUUCCAUGGUUAAACGUUCCAAAGACAAAAGUUGUUUUUCUUCAACUGAGUGAAGCUGAUGCUAAUAAAGUCAACUGACACUUUUACAGA